CACACAACCCAAGCCCAGAAUAGUUGGCGCGCGCUGAUUGGGCGGCGGAUGAGGCGCGUGUGAGCCACGCCGCGCCACCCAGCCCCUCAGCCUGCGCGCCGCCUCCCUCCGCCGCUCGCCGCCGCUCUUUAAACCCCCCCUCCCCCUUCCCUCGCGCUCACCAUCCAUGGCGCCCACGGCGCCCUCUCCGGCGUCCGUGCGCGCCGCGGCGUCGCCCCGCUGCUGCUCCCGCUCCCGCCCCUGGUCCAGCGCCGGCCGAGUCGCCGCCCUCCCGGCGGACGGCCGCGGCGACGGCGCCUCCACCGCCGCCUCCUACAAGGAGCUCGGUUUGUACUCUUUGAAAAAGAGGAUCGAAGAUGCCGUUGUCCGGGUCGAAACGACUGCAUCCAGUGCACUGGAGAUGGAGGAAGCGCGGAGAAUCAGACAGGAAGAGGUGUUGAGGGGGCGCAACUUGUGGGACAAUCCAGCUAAAUCGCACGAGACACUCUCUGCUCUGGCUGAUGCCAUCAGAGUGGUCGACCAUCUCAAAGACCUUCGCUAUAAGGCUGAAGAGGCUAAGCUGAUUAGUCAACUCUCAGAGAUGGAUGUCAUCAAUGUUGAGUUGUUUAAGCAGGCAUACAAGACCUCCGUAGAUGCUACUGAGUUUCUAGAUCGUUAUCAGAUGUACAAGCUUCUUAAGGGUCCGUACGACAAGGAAGGCGCUUGCAUCAUCGUCACUGCUGGAUCAGAUGGUGCUGCUUCUGAGCUAUGGGCAGAGAGGAUCUUUUGCAUGUAUUCAAGUUGGGCACGGAAACAAGGUUGUAAGGAUGGGCUGGUUGAGAAGAUCACAUCAACAAGUGGUCGUGUAUGGACUGCAGCCAUAGAAAUUGAAUCAGAGUACAUGUUUGGCACCCUUACUGGAGAAAAAGGAACUCACAGAAUGAUCUAUCCUUCUGUCGAUAAUGCUGGCACUUAUGAGGCAACGUCAGCUAGGGUCGAUAUAAUUCCUCUCUUCUUAGACAGACCAGUUAAUCUUCACUUGGACGAGAAUGAUCUGGAGAUUUCUCCUUCCCCUAGUGAUCAUAAGAGGCGGGAUCACAGAAAUUCAGCCAUUAGGGUUCAACACAUUCGAACUGGAGUUACUGCUGAAAGUUCAGGUGAGCGAAGCUACUUCGCAAACAAGAUGAAAGCUAUAAGCAGGCUGAAAGCAAAGCUACUUGUUAUAUCCAGAGAGUUAAGAUCGUCGAACCUGAAGACGAUCAAGAGGCAGACGGUGGAGGAAUUGUACAGCCGAGAGACAAGAAGGUACAAAUUUGGGCCUCAGAAAUUGGUUCAUGAUCUCAACACAGGCCUCCAGCUGUCAGAAUUGAACUCUGUCCUGGACGGUGAUAUUGAUCCUUUCAUCAGAGGUCGCAUUGUUUCAAGACUUGGAUGACACACCAAGAGCACAUCAGUUUCAAUUCUGAAUAUUUCUUUUGUUUUUCUGGUACAUACCACACCACAUCAAAAGGAUAACUUGUGUAACAAACAAACAAUGGGGUCACAUCCCCAAGCGAAAAAAGCUAAUAAUCCUGGUAUAUAAAAGAGCAAUUCAUGAUUCAUCA